AUGAGUGCAUCCAAGGAGAUUCCCAUCCCUGGACCCAGGGGGGUUCCCUUUCUCGGGAAUAUCUAUGACAUUGAGUCUGAAGUCCCUCUCAACAGCAUCGACCUGCUGGCGGAUAACUACGGCGAAAUCUUUCGUCUCACCACCCUUGGAAAGGCGCGCGUCUUCGUCAGCUCGCAUGAACUGGUUGACGAGGUAUGCAAUGAAGAGCGAUUCGGCAAGAUAGUCACGCAGGGCCUACAGGAAAUUCGCAAUGGAACGCACGAUGGGCUGUUCACGGCCAACUACCCCGGCGAGGAGAAUUGGGCUAUUGCGCACCGCAUCCUUGUGCCUGCGUUUGGGCCGUUGAUGAUUCGCGGCAUGUUUGAUGACAUGUAUGACAUUGCGAGUCAAUUGGUUAUGAAAUGGGCGCGACAAGGUCCCAAUACGCCCAUUAGUGUGACUGAUGACUUCACACGCCUGACUCUCGACACCAUUGCUUUGUGUUCGAUGGGCACUCGUUUCAACUCUUUCUAUCAUGAUGAUAUGCAUCCCUUCGUCGAGGCGAUGGUGGGUUUGCUGGGCGGGUCAGCCAACCGGGCUCGUCGGCCCGCUCUCAUGAACAACUUGCCUACAAGUGAAAACAGCAAGUACUGGAAUGAUGUGGCCUACCUACGCAGCCUGUCCCAGGAGCUAGUCGAUGCGCGGAAGAACAACCCGGAAGAUAAGAAGGAUCUUCUCAAUGCGUUGAUUCUGGGUCGUGACUCUCAGACGGGCAAGGGUAUGACGGAUGAGUCUAUCGUGGAUAACAUGAUCACUUUUCUGAUUGCCGGCCACGAGACCACCUCCGGCAUGCUUUCAUUCCUCUUCUAUUACCUGCUCAAGACCCCGCAUGCAUACAAGAAGGCUCAAGAGGAGGUCGACCGCGUCAUUGGCAGACGCAAGAUCAAAGUGGAGGAUAUGUCCAAAUUGCCGUACAUCACAGCCGUUAUGCGCGAAACGCUGCGCCUUAAGCCAACGGCUCCGAUGAUUGCUCUGCACGCCCACCCCACGAAGAACAAGGAAGAUCCGGUGACACUGGGAGGUGGAAAGUACGUCCUACAAAAAAACGAGCCCGUUGUUCUCCUGCUAGGCAAGAUGCAACGCGAUCCGAAGGUUUACGGCCCGGACGCAGAUGAGUUCCGCCCGGAAAGGAUGCUGGACGAGCACUUUGAGAAGUUGCCAAAGAAUGCAUGGAAGCCAUUCGGUAACGGCAUGCGUGGAUGCAUUGGCCGUCCAUUCGCAUGGCAAGAGGCGCUUCUUGUGGUUGCGAUCUUGCUUCAAAACUUCAAUUUCCAGAUGGAUAACCCAAGCUAUGAUCUCCGCAUCAAGCAAACGCUCACCAUUAAGCCGAAAGAUUUCCAGAUUAGGGCUUCACUUCGUGAGGGCCUCGACCCGACCAAGCUUAACUUGGCUCUGAGCGACACUUCCGGCGCGCCUCAGGAUGCCGGUGUCGCUAACCGGGAGCGAAAGCCGAAGGCCAGCCCUCCAAGUGGCGAAUUGAAGCCAAUGCAUAUUUUCUACGGAAGCAAUACGGGUACUUGCGAGGCGUUUGCACGUAGACUGGCGGAUGAUGCCGUUGAGUAUGGCUUUUCCGCGCAGACUAGCUCGUUGGACUCAGCAACGCAGAACAUCCCCAAGCAGGAUCCAGUGGUCUUUAUUUCGGCCUCCUACGAGGGUCAGCCACCGGACAACGCGACUCAUUUCUUUGAAUGGCUGAGUGAGCUCAAGGGUGACAGUUUGGCGGGUGUCAAUUACGCAGUCUUUGGGUGUGGUCACCACGACUGGGCGUCCACAUUUCACCGCAUCCCCAAAGCGGUUAACGAACUCGUUCGCGACAAUGGUGGAAAUCGACUUUGCGAACUUGGUCUGGCUGACGCAGCUAAUUCAGACAUGUUUACUGACUUCGACGGCUGGGGCGAGACAGCAUUCUGGCCGGCCAUCGCGGCCAAAUUCGGCGCGGGCGCCGAAAAGACAACCAGGUCGAAGCCCUCCUUGAAAGUCGAAGUGAGCUCAAGUGUGCGCGCAUCCACCCUGGGUCUCCAGUUGGAAGAAGGAUUUGUGGUUGAGAAUAAGCUCUUGACUCAGCCGGGGGUACCUAUCAAGCGACUGCUGCGGUUUAAGCUGCCAUCGGAUAUGACCUACCAGUGCGGUGAUUACCUUGCAGUCUUGCCCGUAAACCCCAGCACUGUGGUCCGUCGAGCAAUCCGCCGCUUUGACUUGCCCUGGGAUGCCGUGCUUCGUAUCCAGAAGCCUUCAUCUGGCUCUUCAAGCCCGCCAUCUAUUCCUUUGGAUACUCCCAUCUCAGCCUUCGAACUCCUGUCGACAUAUGUCGAACUUUCACAGCCAGCAUCUAAGCGCGACGUGAACACCCUGGCUGAUGCCGCCAUUGAAGACGCCGAGGUCCAGGCGGAGCUGCACUACAUCGGUUCUAGCCCGAGUCGAUUUACAGCCGAGAUUGUGCGGAAGCGCGUCAGUCCUCUGGAUAUUCUGAUGCGUUACCCAGCUAUCAAACUACCUAUCGGUGAAUUCCUGGCGAUGCUGCCACCAAUGCGGGUGCGCCAGUAUUCUAUCUCUUCAUCCCCGCUAGCCGACCCCUCAGAAUGCUCCAUCACCUUCUCUGUCCUGAACGCACCAGCUCUGUCCGGCCCAUCUGAACCAGGUAGCGAACUCCCUGACGAGUAUCUGGGAGUGGCCUCGAACUACCUCUCAGAGCUGCAAAUCGGCGAGCGGGCUCAUAUCACGGUCCGUCCAUCCCAAUCCGGCUUCAAGCCCCCUGUCGACCUCCAGACACCGAUGAUCAUGGCCUGUGCUGGCAGCGGUCUCGCUCCCUUCCGCGGGUUCGUGAUGGAUCGUGCGGAAAGAAUCCGUGGACGGCGUAGUUCUCUCGAUGCAGCCGAUGUCCCCGAAAGCGACAAGCCUGCCAAGGCUGUGUUGUAUGUUGGCUGCCGUACGAAGGGCCAGGAUGAUAUUCACUCCACCGAGCUGGCUGAAUGGGCGGCGCAGGGCGCAGUCGAUAUCCGUUGGGCAUAUAGCCGUCCAUCGGAUGGAUCGACUGGAAAGCACGUGCAAGAUUUGAUGCUCGAGGACCGCGUCGAGCUGGUGGAUCUGUUUGAAAAGGGAGCCAAAAUCUAUGUUUGCGGCAGCACUGGCGUGGGUGGCGGGGUGCGGGACACCUGCAAGGCUAUCUACUUGGAACGUCGCCGUGAGAAAAUUCGCGAGGCAAAGGAGACUGGGGAGCAAUUAGGACCGGAGGCGGAGUUGGACGAUGAUACGGCUGCAGAGCGAUUCUUGGAUCGGCUGCGAACGAAGGAGCGGUACUCCACUGAUGUGUUCACUUGA